CUGUAUGCAGUGGCACACAGCAGCAGGGGAGCUUGAGCCUCCUAUGGGUACCACUGUAGGAAAAGGUUUCUGAUGGCCAUCUGCUGAGCACACAGACACCAGGGUGGAAGGGGAAUGUGGUCGAACAAGUUAUGAACCAGAUGGCUCAGUGUGUGACUAAGGUGGAAUUGUCCAUAUCCUGUGAGAAUCUCAUUGACAAAGAUGUUGGUUCAAAAUCUGACCCUCUUUGUGUCUUACUCCAAAAUGUGGGAGGUGAUCAAUGGGCAGAGUUGGAUCGAACUGAAAAGAUAAAGAACUGCCAGAAGCCUGAAUUCUCCAAGAAACUACUCAUUGAUUACUACUUUGAGAAAGUGCAGAAGCUGAAGUUUGGUGUCUAUGAUAUCGAUAACAAGUCGUAUGAUUUAAAUGAUGAUGAUUACCUUGGAGGGGUGGAGUGUACAUUGGGACAGAUUGUGUCCAGUAAAACACUUACUCGGCCUUUGGAGUUGAAGAAAGGAAAGCCAGCAGGGAAAGGCAACAUUACGAUCUCAGCAGAAGAGAUUAAAGACACAAGAGUUGUCAGUCUAGAUAUUGAAGCACAGAACUUGGACAAAAAGGAUUUUUUGGGCAAAUCGGAUCCGUUUUUGGAGUUGUACAAGCAGAGUGAAGGCGGAAAAUGGCAGCUUGUCUACAGGUCAGAGGUGAUUAAGAACAAUUUAAAUCCAUGCUGGAGGAAGUUUAGUGUUCCCUUGCAGACUUUCUGUGGAGGGGACUUCAAUAAACCAAUAAAGGUACAUUGUACAGAUUAUGAUAGUGAUGGGUCACAUGACUUGAUAGGCAGCUUUGAAACUAACCUGUCUCAGUUGCAGAAAGCAGGUGGCAGCUCUCUGGUGGAGUUUGAAUGCAUUCACCCUGGCAAAAAACAAAAGAAAAAGAGCUACAAAAACUCUGGAAUUGUUAGGAUAAAAUCCUGCAAGAUUGAAACGGACUACUCCUUCCUGGAUUACAUCAUGGGAGGCUGCCAGAUUAACUUCACAGUGGGUAUAGACUUCACUGGCUCCAAUGGAGAUCCAAAGUCACCGGAUUCUCUUCACUACAUCAGUCCAAAUGGGAUAAACGAAUACCUGACUGCCAUCUGGAGUGUGGGGAAUGUGAUCCAGGAUUAUGACACAGAUAAGCUGUUUCCUGCGUUUGGGUUCGGAGCUCAGGUUCCUCCAAACUGGCAGGUUUCUCAUGAAUUUGCCUUGAACUUUAACCCCAACAACCCCUAUUGUCAGGGGAUCCAAGGAAUUGUGGAUGCUUAUCGCCAGGCACUGCCUCAGCUCCGACUUUAUGGGCCAACAAAUUUCUCUCCUAUUAUAAACCAUGUGGCAAGGUUUGCAGCUCAGUCAGCACAGCAAGGAACUGCUACCCAAUACUAUGUGCUCCUGAUCAUCACAGAUGGGGAGAUCACUGAUCUGGAUCAGACCAGGCAAGCUAUUGUCAAUGCCUCGAAGCUGCCCAUGUCUGUUAUUAUCGUUGGAGUUGGCAAUGCUGAUUUCAAGGCCAUGGAAUUCCUGGAUGGGGAUGACGGUGUUUUAAGGUCCGUGACGGGGGAGCCGGCUGCACGAGACAUUGUACAGUUUGUGCCUUUCCGACAGUUCCAAAAGGCUCCUCGGGAGGCUCUUUCCCAGACAGUCCUGGCAGAAGUUCCUAAGCAGCUGGUGUCCUAUUACAAGAUGCAAGGCUGGGCUCCUGUGAAGCUACCUGGAGCAAAGCAGGAGUAGAGGAGAGGGUAUCUGCCGUGUGUCCCCAAAGAACCAGGAAGAGCACUCUGCUUGUGUAUCAGUCACUUGUAUUCAGGCGCCGCGGCACAGAUCGCCUAUGUAUCUUCAGCUUCUGCGGAAUGUUAGAAACGAAACGCUCUGUGCAGAUGCUGUACAAAAAAUGUUGCUGUUGGCAGUUCCCAUGCGAAAGAAUUGGAGUUAAUGAUGGGCUGAUAGAGGCAAUCGAUAUAGCAAACCUGGCCUCCCAAACUCUGAGUACUUGUAUGUAGGAGUCAGUUACUUUAGUGCUUCUAGUCCUGACCUAGGACCAGAUUUCAAAGCCCGCGCGGUGCAAGGAACUGCAGAAAACUGCCAACCAGGUAACAUUUUUUUCCAUACAGAGUUGAUUGGAAUAGGAGUUAAUUGCUGCCAUGUUUGCCAAUCCACCUUUGAUUGCGCAUUGCUCGGUGGAGGGUUUCUCUGCUCUUCUCUUCAGGCCAACUCAAUAGCAACGCUCCUACAUUGAUUAGCAUCAAAGUGCCCUUGCUGCAUAGAUGGCUCAGGUAGUUUUUUCGUGCCUCUGUAGAGUGCCAUGCAAUUUGCUAUUACAUUUUCGUCAUAAAGCAAAUAUGUUUUUAAAUGUCUGUUUUUCAAUUGCAAAAGUAAUUGUAUAAGAUUAUCCGUUGCCCAUAAUUGUGUCUAUGGCGCGUCUCUCAGAGCUUGUGCUGGGGAGUAAAAGCCCCUUGCCUUGUAUUUCAUGGACCAUGGUGGGCCCUGGCUCAUCAGUUUGCAGCUGGAUAUGAAAUUUCCCUGCUGCCAUUUUCACAGUUACACAAUUGCUGCAACUGGCAGGGAGAGGGGAGAGUCAGUCUCUGGGACGAGAUGGCCCCCACUCUGGAAUGGUUGCAAAGUCCUGCUCCCUAGGGUGCUGCUUGGAGUGGGAGUAGAGUGCAGAUGUGCUGGCGGGGCUGUGCGGGGGAGGGCACAGCGUAUGCUUGGUUUAGCUUGCACAGUUCUCACCACUUUGAGCAUCGUCUCUUCAUUGUUCUGAACCCCUGUUCUGAGCACAGAGACUCGCUGCUGUCAGAUGUGGAGAUGGGACGUUAUCAAGGCCAUGAAUAGAGGGCACUGUCCUUUUCUAUUCUGGCCACUGUGCCGGAGCUGUAGGAAUAACUUCAGAGGGGAAGCCGUGAGAGUCUGGAACUGGAAACACGUCAACAGCGAACAGUCCCACAACACCUUAGAGAUACACCAAACACCAAACAGGUUGAUGGGAUCAUGAGCUUUCGUGGGCACAACCCUCUACUUCAAUAGGAAUAACUGUGAGCAAAGCUACUGAGAUGGCAGUUCCUGCUUAAUCGUGGCAACAGCCGACGCAGGAGUGUCUUCCCCUGAGAAUGGGGGGGGGGGAGAAGCCCUCUUUUCACACAGGAGAACACACCACGGUGUGCAGCUAACAAUGUGCAAAGUGACGCAAAUAGUAUUUCCCGACUGUGUCUAUUAGUUUCAUAGAAUCCCAGGGCUGGAAGAGACAUCUCAGGAGGCGCCUUGUCCUGCCCCCAGCCCAAAGCAGGACCAACCCCAACUCAAUCAUUCCAGCCCGGGCUUUGUCAAGCCCAGACUUAAACACCUCUAGGGAUGGGGAUUCCACCCCCUCCCUAGGGAACCCCUCUGUGGCGGCACGUCAGGGUCCCCCCGAUCCUGCAGCCCCAUAGCAGCAAGAACAGACUCCGCCAGCCAGUAGAUUGGAGAGGGUUUAUUCCUUCUCCAGGAUACAGCCCAGCACAGACGUGAUGUGGUUCCAGAUCCCUAAGGUUAGGGGGUCCACCCUCCUCCCCCCCCUUAGAGCCUCCCGGUUAGGUUGUUCCCUUCAUGUUUUCCAGCCAGCGACUGCCCCUUCCCCCGAACACUCACUUCCUUAGUUCCCUCGCUGCCCCCAACCGGUCUAGUCUGACGGGUUGGGUCUUUGUCUGCGUGACCUAGGCAGCCCCCUGCAGGGCCGUGCUCACAGACAGAGGCCAGUAGGGGUCAUCCACAGCCCACGCACCGCGACCAGCAAGGUACUGACACGCAUCACAGCAUGUGGAUGAGUCAGUGGGAAUCACACAUCACAGGGCAGGGGGGCACCGGGUUACAGAGCAGACAGCCCCCCAAUACGUCACACUAUCCCAGAGCUUCCCCACCCUCCCAGUGAAACAAUUUGCCCUUGGCUCUCAAGUCACAAGAAGUUUAAUCCUGGCAACACAGAGCAACUCUUUAGAGUCAAGACACUUCCAAUUAAUCCCAGAGGUAUAGCUCUGCUGAGGGAGCUUUCACAAGCAUUUCCCAGAGACGCACCUGGGUGUUAAUUUACAGACCUCCUGCUGCAAAGCUCCAGGCAGCUGGAAAUCUGGGUGCAGUGCAAGGGAAAGAAGGACAGCAGCAGCCUUCUGCAUGCGCCCCUCUGUAAUGACCAUCUGGGUUCUGCAGCGUGGCCUGUGAUAGGACAACACUGCAGUGGGAUGGGAAAUGUGGUCAGGACCUGUCUGUCAGAGCCUCUUCCCCUCCGGUCAGAGCUUCCCCUGCUCCGUGCAGGGAACAGACGUGCCCAGGCUGCGAGAUUGCCAAGUGCGCCUGUCGCAGAAGGGAAGGAGGCUGCAUUGCCAAUGGGUAGCGUUCCUAAGAUGGGGGCGUGUUUGGAGCAAGCGGACAUGAGAGUUCAUUUGAAAAGGGUAAGAAUUGUACCUAGGCUUGUCAAUGCUCAGCACUUUGUUUUCUAAAUAAAGAAUCUGCUUUAAUUUGUA